AUGUUAAGGCAGUGUCUGAGCAAUCAGCAUGAUAAGGCGAUGGAAUUGCAGCAGCUGCGAUUGCAACACGUAAAGAUAAGGAACGCGAGCGCUGAUUUGCAGACAACAUUGAGGGCGAUGGACAGGAUAGGAGACAAGUACACGCUCGUUGAGUUUGAACAGCUGAAGAUGGAGAAUCGUACCCAUCUGGACAAGGUCGAGGAGAGAGACGAAGAGCUUUCCAAGUUACGGAAGAGAUGCCACAUGGCCAAUCAGGGUUUGGCACACAUCCGCGAAAAGUGUUCUGCGAUAGAGAUCCAAAUAAGAAAAUUGAGCACCACGCUGACGGAUUGCGAGGAUUUACGAAUCAGGGCAAGGGAGGAGGUGAAUCAGCUAAAGCAACGCAGGGAUUAUUACCGUAAUGAAACGCACAGAUUGAAGCUGAGUUCCGGUUUGCUAACCAAAGACAAGCUGCUCUUAGACAUGGAGAAUACCAUCAAAGAAAUCAAGAGCUUGGAGAUAGAGAUGCAGCAAAAGAACUCGCUGUUCGUGAAGCUGGAGAACAAGGUGAAGAACAUGAAGAGCGCGUUCGAAAAAGAGAGCAAGAAACCGAAGUACAAAAGACAGUUAUCGAGUUUGCCUAAAAAACGGGGGAUACGUUUAGCUCUUCGCUAAUCGGCACUUGUAUACCAAUG